UGGGAUUAUCACCAAAACAUACACUGUAUGUGCUAAUUAUUUAGUGACACUAAAAACCUCAGAAAAACAAUUUUAUUUUUCCUACUUUCACGACUUGAACUAAAAUACCAGUUACUAUUUUUUAACUCGGAACCCAGGUCAACGCGUUCUGUCAUCUUUUUGCUUCUCGGCUGUAUGAAAUUUCGAUUUUAAAAGACACCUCGAACGCACCGGACGUUAAGCUUUUAUUGCGAAAGUCAGAAACCGGAAGUGCAAUUUGUCCCUGAGUAGCAUGGAGGCAUGACGCCGGUGAGCUGAGUAGGCACUUUAAGCAGAAGAGGGAAAAAGAGGAAAGCCACGCCAGGAAAAGUCCACAACGUUAAAGAAUGGAGGUAUCAAGUCGAAGAGUCCUACUGAGGCACCUGGAGCCAGCGAGGCCCCUGCGCCGCUGCGUCCAUGUUAAUGUUGAGCCACAAAUAAAUGCUGCAGCAGGUGAACAGCCCUUGAUGGAGCAGGAGAGUACUGUUGGCAUAGAGCAGUUCUUGAAGAUUUUCAACCUUCAUAAACAGAAAAAAGUAGAAAGAAUAUGUUAUACGAGAGACUUUUUAAUUGGUUUGGCCAGCUGCCCUGAAGCCAAGAAGAGGCCAGAAUACCUACCGGACCACCCCAUUGUGUUGCCCGAGGCAAGGGAUCCAGGCCAGCAAGAGCUGGGAGUAACACAGUGGAAUGGUGUAAAAGAAGAUGUAUGAGAUGGCAGCAAGGCCUCCCACAUCUUGAGAAACUUGCACAAGUGAUGUUUACAGCAAAUAGGUUUUGCACCGUGUUGAUUGCUUCUCUGCUUUAAUUUAUUUUAACCUAUAACAUUACUGUUGGCAUGUUACUUUCACGUUUUUUUUUUGUUUGUUUUUUUUUACGCCAUUUUGCUGUGUGAAAUGUUUGUUUUAUCUUGUCUGUUUCAAAAAAAGGCUCGAAACAGCAAGGCAAAUUUGCCAAUAUUUCUUUCUGACCUGAUGUAAAGUGUAGCUUUUGAACUUCAUGUAAUUCAGCAGAAAAUAUUGGAUUAAGUAAUUCGUUGAUAUUGUCUAUAUGUACGACACAUGCAAAAAUACUGUUGUUUCCAUUAAAGAACACAAAAAAAUCCCCUAAAA